GAAAUCCAAUCGCAUCAGGAAGAGCAGGUGAAGAAGCGGAAGCAUGGGGCCGGCCAUUGGGAGGAGCAGCUGGCGAGCCAGAGCGAGAGCAUCGUUAAAGCCGACCGCAACGAAUCGGGAAAGUCGACGGAAGAGACGAUUAAGCAGCUCAAGGAGGAGGCGAAGAAGAUC